CAGCGAGUUAGCUGGCUAGCUAAGGUUUUCAGUGAGGUAGUGAAACGACACUAAGAUGGUAUGCCCUCUCGGGUCUUUCUUUGCUCUCCUUUUUAUCGUGAAGCCACAAGUUUGAGUGUCAUCCAAACCUAUCCAGUGAUUUUUGUGUCCUCUACCCACCUAACACCCACAGCGUGACAUCUUGACAGAUUUGAAAUUGCUUCCUGUCAUCUACCUACAUGUAGGCAACUGAACCACUACAAGUCAUCCACCAGCCAUGCUGUCCAGACUGAGAUCCACUGUGCGCCCCAGCGUGACUGCCUGCCGAUGGGCCCACACCAAGGAGAAGGGCAAGCCCCUCAUGCUGAACCCCCGCACAAAUAAGGGAAUGGCCUUUUCGCUGCAGGAGCGGCAGAUUCUUGGGAUCCAGGGCCUUCUCCCACCCAAAAUCGAGACCCAGGACAACCAGGCCAUGCGCUUCCAGCAGAAUCUGCAGAAAAUGACCGACCCAUUGCAGAAGUACAUCUACCUGAUGGGGAUCCAGGAGCGUAAUGAGCGGCUCUUCUACCGGGUGCUAAUGGAGGACAUCGAGGACCUCAUGCCCAUCGUCUACACCCCCACAGUGGGGCUGGCCUGCACACACUAUGGGCACAUAUUCAGGAGGCCAAAAGGUCUCUUCAUAUCCAUCAUGGACCGAGGGCACGUGCGCUCCAUCCUGGAUAACUGGCCAGAGACUGACGUAGCGGCUGUGGUGGUGACGGACGGGGAGCGCAUCCUGGGCCUGGGGGACCUGGGAGUGUACGGGAUGGGCAUCCCGGUCGGGAAGCUGUGCCUUUACACGGCCUGUGGUGGAAUCAGGCCAGAGAAAUGCCUUCCCGUGUGCAUCGAUGUGGGAACAGACAAUGAGACUCUGCUGCAGGACCCCUUCUACAUGGGCCUGUACCAGAAGCGGGAUCGAUCCCAGCUUUACGAUGACCUCAUCGAUGAGUUCAUGGAGGCCAUCGUGGAGAAGUAUGGCCAGGACACCCUGAUUCAGUUUGAGGACUUUGGCAACCACAACGCAUUCCGCUUAAUUAAGAAAUACCGGGAAAAGUAUUGCACCUUCAAUGACGAUAUUCAAGGUACUGCAGCAGUAGCCCUUGCUGGGCUGUUGGCUGCUCAGAGGGCGAUUGGGAAACCCAUCACUGAACACAAUGUGUUGUUCCUGGGAGCUGGAGAGGCAGCCCUGGGCAUUGCCGGCCUUAUCACCAUGGCGAUGAUGGAGGCAGGCAUGUCUCAGGAGGAUGCCAGGAAAAGGGUCUGGUUGUAUGACAAACAUGGCCUACUGGUGCAGGACAGACCACAGGGCACAGAUGGUAACCAGGAAGCGUUUGUGCACCCUAGUCCAGGAGAAGUCAGCAGCUUCUUGGAUGCAGUCAAUGUUAUUAAACCCACAGCCAUCAUUGGCGUGUCAGGGGCAGGGCGACUCUUUACACAUGAUGUCAUCAAAGCGAUGGGCUCCCUGAACGAACGGCCAAUCAUCUUCGCCCUCAGCAACCCCACCACCAAAGCAGAGUGUACAGCUGAGGAUGCCUACACACUCACAGAGGGAAGGUGCCUGUUUGCAAGUGGAAGCCCCUUUGAUUCGGUAACAUUGGCAAAUGGCCGUGUGCUGACUCCUGGCCAGGGGAACAACGCUUACAUUUUCCCAGGAGUGGCUUUGGCAGUGAUCCUUAGUGGGGUAAGGCACAUCAGUGACACAGUGUUCCUGGAGGCAGCUAAGUGUCUGGCCGAGGAGGUGACCGACCAGGAGAUGACUGAGGGAAGGUUGUACCCACCUCUCUCCAACAUCAGAGAGGUGUCUAUACGCAUGGCCAUCAAGGUGGUGGAGUAUGUGUAUGCAAAGGGAAUGGCCUUCCGCUACCCAGAGCCUCUUGACAAGGACAAGUUUGUGCGGUCAACUAUAUGGAACACCAAUUAUGACUCUUUAGUCCCGGAUAUCUAUGAGUGGCCUGGGGUGUCCCACACGCCCUUAAAGAAGUAGAGGGGUGAUGGGGUUGGGCGUUUGGGACAGGUUCUGGUGCGGUUAGCUUGACAGAUUGGUUAGGGAAGUGUUAAGAGACAGGAAACAUGAAGACAGCAUUAGAUUCGUAGGGUCACCAUCAUCACAGUAGACUCAGGUCAUCAAAGAAAAUGGAAAAGCCUAUCAAACAUGGCAUACACUCCAGUCAAUGGCUUUAUCCCAACUACUCGUUUCUCAUUGAUUUUAUUUUUAUGCUUUGGUUUGUCAUCCUCAUUUAUUCCCUUUACCGUACCUUGAAUUUCUGUCGUUUUGCACAUGAGGUUUCUUGGUUUUAAAGUUAUCGUCAGUUAUUCUUAAAGCCCAGCAAACCUGCUCCCCACAUAUAGGAGAUAUCAGUAAUAAAUUGUAUUUUUCAAGUUUUUGACAAUUUGUAUUUUAUUAGUAUUUAUUCACUCCCCAGUUCCAUGAAUUGCAUAAAGUAGUGCAUUGCAUGUUGUAUAGUCAAAGCAGGAAAUUGUUUGAAUCCAGAUUUUAUUCUUCAAGAGACAUUGAACAUCAGAAAGGCUUUUCUUUUUUAAGUAUUUUCUUAAAGUGGGCAGAGAUGGUUCAGGAAUGACUUUUAGUUUAGUCUGAUUUAACUUUUGAGAGAGCUGUGGGUGUCAUGCUUCCAUGGAUUCCAAACCGAUUUUAAGGGUUCUAGUUCCUUAGCAUCUAUUUGGCCUCCAUUGCAAAGUUGUAAUGUCCUCUGUAGUGUCCUUUUAAGAUGGAAAGUUUGUCAAAGACUCAUACAGAUAACACUCAUCAACUGUGAAGCCAGUAUUGCAAGUAGGGGUAGAAUGAACAAUGACUGGACCUGUUUCCCUUAUGUACCUGUGCUCACUAUUCUGUGCAGAACAGAUUAAGGUGUCCUCACACAACAUUAAGUAUAUGCCACAGCUACUACACAAACAGUUACACAAGCAGCUAUUAAAUAGAAUUCAGCAUGGGCAUUGCCAAGUUUAAUUGCAUCAUUUGCAAUAUACAGUUAGCUAGUAGAUAUGACAUGUAAUGCUUAGAUCAACAGCAUAGGCACUUCCCACGCUUAAAAAGUUAAGGUCAGGGGACAGAAAAGAGUACGGCAGGACAUGCAUUUUUUUCUGGCUGACCUUCUCUGAAGUGCCUGUGUUGACUUCAAGAGACGUCUUUCUCGUUAACUAUUCCGUUUACUAGCCAAAGAUUUCAACACAGUUCAUACAGUUCUUUUCAUUUAUUUGAACACGAAAGCAUUGAACAACACAGGUGUAAGGUCUUAUAACAGCUAAGAUGGCUUAAAGUGUAGAGGCACUUUACAUGAUUAUCAUUAAUAUCAUAUAAAAGAUAUUUAUGUACUUGUGGUCAUUAUGGUUUCAUCACCAGUUCAUGUUUCGAGCAUUUUCACAUUAUUGGCGUGGGCUAUAGGUGAAAUGCAGGAGUGAACAUUUGGGUUUAUUUCAGACUUGUAGUUGAACCACCUCCUUCCUGUGAUAUCUGGAUGUCAAACCUGGAUUCCGUUGGGAUUCUUUUACUUAUCGUUACCACUUUCACCCAGUGUAACAACAUGAGAUGUGAAGUGUCUUAACAUCACAAUGGUUUUACCCAGCUGUGUCUGUGUUGUUGAAGUGAAUGUGUAGUGUUUAUGUCAUACUGGUUUAGUUAAACUCUUAACCUCACCAAAACACUGUAAAUGCCCAGGUAGAUGAUUGCUUAUGAACCUCCUUGUUUUUUAAUGAUCAUUUCUGGUAUAUAGAAGUUUGCAUUUGUGCAGUGUUAAUUUGGUGUUUUACUGUUUAUUUUGCUAUGCAAUGUUGCCUUAGCGUAUGAACGCACAAAGCAGCACAUACAUUGGACCAGCUCCCCAUGUGUGCUGUAACAGAAUAAAUGAAAUUAUAGUUUUCAA